AAUGUCGCCCCAAUGCCGGUUGUGUUUGGAUAUAAUAUAUACCAAAAACCCGGUUAAUAUUUUCAAUGGAUCCAAGGAAAUUAUCGUGCAAAUCGCCUUGUUAACGGGCAUUUGGCUGAAGGACCAAGGGAAUCUGCCUAGAAAUAUGUGUUCCUGUUGUCUUCUUAGCCUUAAAAGUGCCUAGCCUUCAGAGAGGUCUGCAUUAAGACCAACAACCGACUAUCAAGCAACUUGAAACCGGUGAGAACUAAAGAUGAGGUGGAUGUGGAUAAUGCGUAUGAUCCCUUACCAUCCGGGCACAAGGUAGCUAAGAUGGAGAGGAUCUUAAAGAUGAAGAGGACGACAUCAGCCAAGAGGAGAUGGAUUAUACGGAACUUGAGGAACUGGAGGAGGACCAUAAUGGGGACCACUAUGCUACGGAUAGUGGUCAAGAAGACAACGAGAAGAUACUGGAAGAUGAGAAGGAUAUUCAGGAAGAUGGGGAGGAGACACAGGAAGAUGAGGAGACACUGGAAGAUUUUGAUGACGAUGAGGAAUGGACACAGGAUGAUGAGGCGAAUUCUGAUACCCAUGACGAGAGUGGUGAUGAUUCAGAUACAGAAGCCACUAUCAAAUCUCUAGUAUCUGAAGUCGUCGGACAAGAACGUCAAGAAGGGAUAUCUAAAGGGAGUUCCACAAACUCACCCAAAAAGUCAAAAAACGACGAAAACACCCCUCCGAAGGCGGGAAAAAGGAAACGAAAGAAGUACAAAAGCACUAAAAUCUAUGUUUGUGAUCACUGCGGCAAGGAAUUUACCGACAAGGGCAAUCUCAAUUUGCACGUGUUACGACACACCGGGAUCAAGCCAUUUGCAUGCCCAGAGUGCGGAAAGAGGGAGUUCAACAAGUACAGUUUGAACAUUCACAUCCGGGUGAAGCACCGCGGAGAGAAGCCGUACGCCUGCAAGUAUUGCGAACUGCAUUUCGAAAGCAGUACCAAGCGAACUCGCCACGAAAGGAGGACUCACAUAAAACAGACGGUGAAGCAGAAACCUUUUAAGUGCUCUAGCUGCGACUUGCGAUUCGAAAUAAGGUCUCAAAGGACGAAGCACGAGAAAGUGCACUCUGGAGAACGAGAGUUUCAAUGUAAAGUAUGUAAAGUGGCCUUCAUCCGCGCCUCCAACUUGAAGACCCACUGCAAAUCGAAGCUGCACCAAAGGAAAGAGGCCAAUAGUAAAUCCAAAACAAAAUCUUAAUUAAAUGAAGUACAAUUACUUUGUUGACAAGUGUUUAAUCUGUAAAUCGCGCGAAAUCGCCUGCCAUUCACCACGAGGGUUAACGUAUUUUUGUAAGCAAAAUAAGAGCUGUUUAAAUAAAAAAUGUCUCUAAUUGAGUUAAUUU